ACGUUUUUUAGAAAGAAAAAAAAAAUUUUGAAAACUACGAACAGCAUUUUCGCCUCAGUAUAAAUAUACACUGAAACAAUAAAUUAACCACCAAAAAAUAUUAUUAAAAAUAUAAAAUAAAAUAAGACGCUAGGGAUCUCGAUCCCGAUCCCGAUCCCAAUCUCAUUCUCUCCGGCGACACCUUUCUCUAACCGUUUCCGGUGAGAUCUCGAGGUUGGAUCCGAUCUCGACCCGAUUCAUAGUGUCUCUUUGACCUAGAUCCGAACCACCAUGGCUCCAGUUUCGGCUUUGGCCAAAUACAAGCUUGUUUUCUUGGGAGAUCAAUCUGUCGGGAAAACCAGUAUCAUCACUCGCUUUAUGUACGAUAAAUUCGAUAAUACUUACCAGGCUACCAUUGGUAUUGACUUUCUAUCGAAAACCAUGUACCUCGAAGAUCGGACAGUUCGGUUGCAGCUCUGGGAUACUGCUGGACAGGAAAGGUUCAGGAGUCUUAUUCCAAGUUACAUUAGGGAUUCCUCCGUGGCAGUCAUCGUCUAUGAUGUUGCCAGUAGGCAGUCCUUCCAAAAUACUACAAAAUGGAUUGAAGAGGUACGAACCGAGCGCGGUAGUGAUGUUAUUAUUGUGCUUGUUGGGAACAAAACCGAUCUUGUGGACAAAAGGCAAGUCUCAGUUGAGGAAGCCGAAGCCAAGGCUCGUGACCUCAAUGUAAUGUUUAUUGAAACUAGUGCCAAGGCUGGCUUCAAUAUCAAGGCUCUUUUUCGGAAGAUCGCAGCCGCUUUACCUGGAAUGGAAACACUUUCUUCAACAAAACAAGAAGACAUGGUCGACGUCAAUCUUAAGUCUACAAACGCAAAUUCAUCUCAGUCGCAGCAAGAAGCCGGAGGAUGUGCCUGCUGAGGAUACAUACAUACAUUACACUCACUCACACACAUCUUUUGAUCCGAGGUAUGUAUGGUUUUCUCAACAUUUAGUGUUUUCUGUAAAAAGGAGAAAAAGAAAUCUGUUCUCUCCCACCCCCUUUUUGGUAGCAUUGGGCAUAUUUGGAUUUGAUGGAAUGUUUUGAAGCAUAAGAGUUGCUUGAGAGAGAAGAUUCUUAAAUUUUACCAAUGGUAGUUAGGCUCGUCCUAACCUGUCCUAUAUGUGUACGGUUCUUGACAAUUGUGCCAAAUUUGAUGUUACUCGUAUAUUUCAGUUUUGUGGCUUUUUA